UGAGUCCAAGUCUGCCCCGGCCCCAAGCCUGUAACCCUGUGUGGCUGCAGCCUUGGGGCGGGAGUCUGUCCCUGAUGGCUCAGUCCUGGGCAUGGGUGGGCGCCACGCCCCUUAGAGGUCUCGGGCCCACCUCGGCAGAGGAGGAGCGGAAAGGCCAGACCGAAUGGCUCCCUGCCAUUGGCCAGGGUGCUCGUGGGAAUGUUACUCUGAUUUCUGAUUGGUCCGCUUUUGCACUCGGAGGGCCACUGAUUCGUCUUGCUUCUGUGCUGGGCCCAGGCUAUGCCAGCAGCGGGCCUCCAGCAGGGCAGGGGCAGGGGCAGGGGCUGGGGCUGGGAGCCUGCGAGGAGUGGGAGUCACAGAGUGCGGGGGGCCCAGCUCCCUCCAGGUCUCUGUGCCCCUCGGUCAGGGUGGGCAGGGGUUCCAGGGCAGGGUCGGGGCCAGUCCCAGCUGUGAGUGGGGUCAGGGUCAUGGCACAGGCCCAAGGUACCAGUGAUCAUGGGAUGGGGAGCCAAGCGGACGGGAGGCCACGGCGGGGCCGGGGUGCGCGGGAGGGUUAUGCCUCCGGGGAGACGAAGGCACAGCGAUGCUCUCGCCUUGGCACAUGUUUUCCAAAUCAGGGGUCUGAGCAGCAGGUGAGACCAGAACAGGUGACGUCCAAAACUGCGCUCACCCUGUGUCCCGGCCACAUCACGGUCACUGGCUGCCUUCUUGGCAGGUGGGGGAGGGGCGGCAGGCCGGCGGGUGGGCACCCCCGCGGCCCCUCCCUCAGGAACGGUACGCACCCAUGCACAUGCACCCACGUGCCCCACGCGAGCAUGCACAGCCCCCACUCAGCCUCUGGGAGAAGGCCCGGUCUCCACCUCCCCUGCGCCCUCCACCCGAGGGGAGGAAGUGCUCAAGGGGGGGGCCCCAGGCCACGCCAGGCCACCCCAGAGCCCCUGACCCAGCAGCGAGCCGGUGCCACCAGGCCCCGCUCUUGGUCCCACUUUCUGCCAACAGGCCAGCGAGGAGGGGCGAGGGGAGUGGGAGUGUUUGGUUUCAGAUCCGAGGGCCUGGGCUGCUGAGGCUUGGGGGGCGGUGAUGUGGAAGGGCUGCAUGGGACCCUCAAAGGAAGAGGGGUUGGGGGUGCCCCUUCCCCCCAGGGCACUAGCUCAGCAGCCCGGGUGGACCCAGCUGUGCCCUCCAUCCUUCGAAUGACCAGGACACCCGGGGUGGAGACGAGCUGGGAGGUAAGGAACAGGCGGGCGGGCCUGGGUGCCCAGGACCCAUCGACAGAGGGGUCAGCGUGAGGGACGCUGAGGAGAGAAGGGGCGGUCCUGACCCCCCUCCUCCAGGCCCCUGCCCUGCCCAGAGGGCUACUGAACAUGAUUGAGGAGGGGGGGCUUGCAAGCUCAGGACACACCCUGAGCCCCGCCCAGCAGCUUCUGUAAACAUACACAGCACUGCAGGCCCCCGUGGGGGUCACCCAGGGGCUGGCCAGCAGGCACCACAUCUGGGGGGGUGGCCAGGACAGAUGCCGGCCUGGACCACAGAUGAGAAUAUGUGGGGAAGGGCAGCCAGAGGGCAGUGCAGGGAGUCAGGAUGCCACUGCCUGUGCUGGAGUAGGGGUGCCAGGAGGCCUGGGGGGGGCAGGUGGCAGGGCCCCGGGCUCUUCCCCACUCCUCACCCCUCCCCUGUCUGGAGGGCCCAGCUGCCAGCUGCCUUGGCUCUGGGGGUCCUAGGCUGAGGUAGGGACACGGACCCCCAGCUCAGCAGCAGUGCCCAGGCCUGAGGCUGCACUGGCCCUUGGGGCCUCUCCUCAAAGCUGCCG